AUGGAAAAUAGAGAAUUAUCGUUUGAGAAACACCAACUAAUUAAUAAGCCCCCAUGUUGUAACCAGAAUGGAGAAAAGAAAUAUUUAUUAGCAAAUGAACCUAAUGACAGUAAAAACGGGGAUAUUUUUUCAGACUGCCUCAAAGUUGCUGAGGAUAUAAAAAAAAAAAUAAUAUCUGAACAGUUUGAUGCAAUUAUUUUUCUCUAUUCAAAAAUAUUAAAAGAAAAUAAAAGAAAAAAAUGCGCAUCCAAAGAAAUCGAUGAAAAAGUAGAAGAAGCAAUUAAUACAGCCCUUGAGAUAUAUUCAUUAAUUGAGGGCAAUAAUGAGAAAACGAAAAAAAUAUAUUUAAAAAAAAUAUCAUCGAUUUGUGAUAUAUUAUACAAUUUAUUAGUUGAAUAUACUAAGAAUGAUAAUAGUGAACAACUAAAGGAUGAGAUAAAAAAUCAUGAGCCUGAUCAAAAAGAAGAAACUUUAAAAGAUAGUUGCAAAGAAGAGAGUGGGAGCGUCACUCCCGAAAAUUUGGAACAGAUUUCAGAGGAAGAUAAAUCCAAAAGCAAGACAGAAAAAAACAAUGGUAAGAUGAAAGAAAGGAAUAAGGUAGAUGGGGUAGAAGAAAUAAACAAAAUUAUGUCACCUUUAUGUAAUAAUAUUAAAAAAGAGAGAAAAAAAAAGGAAUACUUAUAUAGUGAUUUUUCACGACGCACCAAUUUAUUAUGUCUAUAUGGUGCAAGUGAAUUAAAUGAAAAAUAUAUUUACAAUCCUUAUAAAAAAAUGAAAAGUUUUAAAUUUUACAAAAAUAUUGAUAAAAAUUUAAGAAUAAAUAAAAGAAAUGAACUAAUUGAAAGGUUUGAAAAUAUUAUGAAAAAUAAAGAGAAAAUUAUAACGUCUCAAUCUGAAAAAAAGAUAAAUAAACCUAUCGAUUUAAAAAAAUUAUUAUUAAAAAGUAGAAAGAGUGUUACUAAAUUUGAGUUGGACAAAUAUGGGGAUAUAAAAACUGUUACUGAAUUUUUUCAAAAAUAUCAAGACAAAAAAAAUAUUAUAACUUAUGAUGGAUAUGAUAACAACUUUUUGAUAAAUAAAAAAUUAUCAAAUAUAGAUGAAUUAAAAAAGGGAAAAAAAACAUUAUCAGAAAAAUUUGGGGUCUAUACUAUGCAACGAAAUAAAACUGACUGCUCAACUUUUAGUACUAACAUAUGUACAAAUGAAAAUGAAAAAAUUGAAAUAAUUGAAAGUACUACUCAAGAUAGUAGUGAGAAUGGAGAAUAUGUUUAUCCCGAAAAAGAUAGACACAAAGACAAUUUAGAUUUUUAUAUGCAAUAUAUGAAUGACAUUAAAUUUGUUAAUUAUUAUGAUGAAGAUGAAAUAAUUAUGCAUAUACUCAAAGAGAGUGAGCAAAAAAAAAAUAAAAACAAAACUAAAUUGGAUAGUUCAAAUAAUAAAAUAUUACAACAUAAUCAUGUACCUUCACGUAAAUAUGGUGGGGGAGUAUAUGAAGAUUCAAACAAAAAUAAAUUAAAUUAUUCUUUCCAAAAAAAUGUAGAUAUCGACUCAGAAUUUGAUAUGAAUAAAUAUGAGGUAUUAAGUAGGAUAUAUAAUUUGAAUAAAAACAAAAAAGAUUCCAUAAUAAAAUUAGACGAAGAAAAAUAUCCUCCAAAAAAUAAUGCAUUACAAAAUAAUGAAAACAAACAAAUGGAUCAUAUAAAAAUGUUAAGACCAAUUUAUAAUGACAAAAAUAAAUGCUAUCAAAAAAUAUGUGAAUGUGGAACGAACCAAAUUUCUAGUAUCUUCCUCUUAAACUGCAUUGAGAAAAAAGCCGAGGAAAAUGAGGAAAAACCCGAGGAAAAGGCUGAGGAAAAUUUAGAGCCCAUCUCAGUACAUAAAAGAAUGAUAAAGAAGAAAACAGAACCCAUUUUGGAAAAAAUAAAAUAUCAACUGUCCCAAUCAGUUCAGUUAGAAUCGAAAAUAAAACCUGAAGAUGAUGACAAGAUUAGUGAUUCUGCCAAUUUAGAGCCAGAUUUAAAGUCUCAAGGUGGUGACGAGAUUAAUGAGUCGAUCAAUUUUGAGUCAAGAAUGAAACGUGAAGAUGAUAAUAAAAUUAAGAUCGAAGAAAAAGAAACAAAGAUAAAUUGUGAGAGGAUGACUUUAGCGGAUAAAGAUAAACAAACAUAUUCAAUAAGUAAAAUAGCAUCUAUAAUUAGCAAAAUAAAUAAAUCAAAGAGCUCGAUUUACAAUGAAAAUGAAUCAAAUGAAAAUGAAACAAAUAGAAAAAUUGAAGGUUUUAUUUUUAAUGAAAAUUUAAAAGAUAUAACAAUUAAAUCGUAUAGUAUAAAUAAUAAGAGUUCUAAAAAUUGCAUAAAAUAUAUUCCAAAUCAACAAAAAAAUCGAUUAAACGAUAAUAAAAUUAGAGAUGAAAAUAAUGAGGAAGAUCAAACAGAUUUAGUUUUAUCAAAGAAUGGAACAGAUCAAACUUCUAAAGAAGAAGGAGAAAAAAGUAGUGGAAAAAAUAAGAUAAGUUCAUUAUCGAAUAGUUUAACUGAUGAUAUGAAUGAAAAUACUUUAACAGAUUUAAGUGAUUUUAUGAAAAGGGAAAGUUCAAAUAAUGAAGAUAACAUUAAUGAGUCUCUUAGUAGUAUGGAAAAAAAUUCGAGGGAUUUACAAGUUGAAAAUGAUAAUGGAUCGUACAUAGACAACUAUCUAAAAAGUGGAUUUUUCUCGAAUGUCCAUAUAAUGCUAUCGGAUACAAAUAUUAUUACCAGGAAAUGUAAAAUAUUUUAUGAUAGUAAAACAAAAAAAUUAGGAAUAAUGAGAGAUAAAAAGGUAUUCAAAAUUGAUGUAAGUAAAUUAAUGAUACAAGAAAUACCAAGUUUGGAACCUGACUUAGCAAUAAUAAAAAUAAUAUUUCCUCAAAAUAGUAAUAAAUUAUUAAUUGUGGAAUCAAAUGAUUUUUUGGGUUUACAAGCACUUGGUGAUAAAAUUGGAUGGAACCCAGACAAUAAUGAUCAAAAUGGACUAAAAAAUAAAAGGAAAGACCAAGAGGGUAACACAGAAGGGAUGGAUUACAAAUUAAACAAUCUCAGUAAUAAAAUUUAG